UCUCUUUUCCUCUCCCCCUCCGCUCCUCCUCUGCGUUCAUCACUGAUGGACAUCUGAAGUUUUGUUAGUUUAGCCUCUACAUCUAAAUGCUUCGUACAAUCUGCAUGUGAAAGAAGGAACUCGUCCAGGAGCGUUUCUUCUAACCCUAGCUGAACAUCCUGCUUACAUAUUCGCAGCAGAUCUGGACACACCUGUAGGAGUAUUCCCAGAUGGGAGAGUCUACCUGAAAAAAGCGAUAAAAAGAACGGCUGCUGACAUUAUCUCUAUACCAAUAACAGCGACACAUAGGCUUCAUAGCAACACUUACUCAACCAUCGUCCACGUUUAUGUAGAUGGUGUGAAUAGCCAUGUUCCCAGAUGUCCCGAGAAGAACCACUUUAGAGUGAAAGAAAAUUCCAAGCUUGGGAUUACUGUAGGAUUUUUGAACGCGACAGAUGAGGAUACUGGUCUUAAUGGUGUUCUUGGCUACAGAUUACUCGACAGUCAUGAUUUGUUGCAUGUUGGAAUCGCCACGGGCAAGAUAACUACCGCUACCGUUUUCGAUGCGGAAACGUUGAACCAGAUCAAUUUCAAGUACGAGGUAUUCGAUCACGACAAUCGAACAAUUGCAAGUGUGACAGCAACAGACAAGGAUGUGAAUGACAGAGUGACCUAUCGGCUGUUGAAUUACCUGCAUUUAUUUGAGAUAAACAAAACUUCCGGAGAAGUUUCUAGAAAGGGACGAUUGCGAGGAGACUCGCGCUUCAACAUCUCAUUAGCAGCUGAAGACCAGGAUCGAAAACGAGCGGAAACGUUUCUGCUGGAAAAUUCAGUUUCCAACAUCAUCACUGAGUUAGGCGAUGACUACGAAGUGCUACUCACGGUACCUCGUACUUCUGCGUUUGCAGUUCGUGAUGGGAAACUCGCUCUGACAUCGCCCUUAGACUAUGAAAAGUCGUCCAGCUAUAGGAUCUUAGUGGGAAACAACAGUGAAACCACCAGACGUACAAAAACUGUGCUAGUUCACAUAAUUCGCGCUGCCAUCAAGGAUCCUGGCAUUUCCUUUCCAUCCAAAGAGAUUUCCAUGCUGAUGACAUCCUCGCAAUCUGUGGGAACCAAACUCGGCCGAAUAAUGGCUGAAUCAUCCCUGCCUGUGAAGUAUUACGCUAUUGGGUCAUCCCUAAUCAAAGUAAAUCAAGACACGGGAGUUAUAUCAACAAGAAGAUCGGCUACAAAAGACGAAACUGCGACAAUUGUGGCCGCAUCAUCAAGAGGCGUGGCUAGUGUUAAGCUUUAUGUGCUGCCACCCUCUACCGAAACAACGCGUCCCAAUACCGAUAGAAGAUUGGAAUUCUGGAUUCGAGAGAAUGCACCAUAUGGGAGCGUAGUUGGCCAGAUCCCGAAUAAUAAUGAUGCAAACGCAGCCACCUACUCAAUCAUCGGAAAUAGCGAUUUAUCAGUUGAUCCUAGAACUGGUAUUCUCAAAACUGCCACGCUAUUUGAUCACGAAACGCAGCAGCUGUACACCUUCAAGCUGAGAACGACCUAUGCUUCAGGGGAAUCUGUUGAUCAAAAUGCAGUUCUAUUGAUUGACGAUGAAAACGAUAAUAUUCCCAAAUUUGACCGAGAAACUUAUAAUGUAACGGUUAGAGAGGAUAUCGGCGUAGGAGAGGAGGUGUUACGAUUACGGUGGUCCGAUAAAGAUUUUAACAACGUUUUUCACUUUUCCAUCGUAGAAGGCAAUGAGAUGAACCACUUCAAAGUUAAUCAUGAAGGAAAGAUCAAGGUUUCCCGCCCAUUGGAUCGGGAAGAAAUGUCCGAGCAUCGCCUUAUUGUUCGAUUAAGCGAUGGUAUAGCUCCUUAUCCUUACCAUACUACGGAAUGCAGUGUCACCAUAAGUCUUCAGGACGUUAAUGACAAUGCUCCUGAGUUUGUGUCCCCAUCGGAGUUCCAAGUAGAAGAAAAUAGUCAUCUAAUGAAGGUUGUGGGACGAGUUAAAGCGAUUGAUGCCGAUGAAGGACAUAAUGCUCAAGUGUCAUACCGUAUUCUGCCAGAGACAUUGCCGUGGGCAGAGUUUAUCAUUGACGGCGUUCAUGGCGAUAUAAUGGUCAAUAAACCAUUAGACUACGAGCAGAAACAGAACUACACGUUUACUGUUGUUGCAAUGGACUAUGGUUCACCACAGAUGCAAUCCGAACAACAGAUUACUGUACAUAUCGUGGAUACGAAUGAUCAUGAUCCAGAACUUUCUUCCGAUGUUAUGGUAGUCAACGUAGAUGAGGUCGUACCUCGAGGUUCAACGUUAGCACGCUUUUACGUGAAAGAUGAAGAUACGAUAGAAAACUCGGCCAGCAUAUUCGAAAUCGAAGAAGGUUACGGUAUUUUCGACGUGUCACCAGUUAGCGGACAACUAUUUCUGAUUACACCAUUAGAUUUCGAGGCUCAAACAAAAUAUAAUGUUACUGUGUCUGCUAGAAAUAUCGCGGGUGGCAAGAAGAGAUCCCAGUGA